UUAGUUGUCUAUCUCUUUUGUGUCAUCGUCAGGAGUGUGGAUUGCGCUUGUCAUAUCAUCCUUGUCGUCAACGUCAUCUCCGUCGGUCGUUGUUCUCGAACUCGUUCAUCCGCCCAAAGUCCACGAGUUUCAAAACUUGAAACAUAAAUCGAAUUGAAUCCUCCUUGUUCGCUUCUAGUGCUCGCUCAUGGGACGAUCGCCAUCAUGAAAACAUUCGCCCGUCGUCGCCGUCGUUAUCUGUCCGUCCUCCCUGUUUUUUCGUACUGAAAAGGGACUUUAAAAAACAAAGAUUAAAAAAAAAUAGUGUGAAUACCUUUUUGGAUUGUGCCAGUACUUUAUAAAACUCCUGUUUGAACGCACCCGAAAAACUGAUAUUCGAGUCUAAUCGAGUCAGGUCCAGCUUAGCGACCGACCAUAAAGUCGCCUUUCACGAUUGUUGCGCGUGAGACAGACGAAAGCAACUUACAUUGGCAGAUAUUGAGCUAACUUCUGGGAUUAUUGUUUCAUGGAAUCGAACAUUUCUUUUCAAAUUCAAAGUGAAAAAAUAGCAUUAGUCAGUGCCCGCUCAGUCUUGCAAGGUUGCAGGUGCUCCUGCAUCGAGAAAUACGCACAACGACGCACCGAGGAACAAACCCAGUCAUUAAAUGCCUGAGGGACACUCUUACUCCAUGUUGUGCAUCGGUUGCAACACUCGAGCCUGCUGGAAAGUAAACACGUGGUGACACCCGCCCGUGACGGUGCAAUUGGCAAGAGGGUUGAGGAAGAGGAGAGUCACUCACUCAGUACCGAGCUGAUUGUGACUUUUCACUGUUUUCGAGACAGUGAUCGCACCUAGAACAUUUAAAAAUAAAGAAAUAAGGAAAGAAAGGAAUUUCUUUCAAGGAACCGAGGAGAAGUACCCAAUUCUACAAGAAGGCUCUAGUAAUGGAACGCGAGUCGAAUCCUAUGCAAGCACUAUGCCGCAGCGGCUGCGGAUUUUAUGGUUCGCCGGCAACAGACGGCCUCUGUUCGCUAUGUUUCAAAGAGAACCUAAAGAAGAAGCAGCAACCCCCCGUAUCAGCCACCCCUGUAUCAGCCUCGCAGACCGUAUCCAGUAACGCCGGCACGUUGCAAAGCGGUUUCGGCAGCCCAGCCUCCACAGGAACAACCGCACAGCCUACCAUUCCUACCAUCCCCCAACCCACGACAGAUUUACCCGGUCCUAAAGAAUUAAGCAGAGACGAUCAGGAAGAUGAAGUCGGAGUCAGCAGUGGAGCUGCUGAAGGGUCGAUCAGUAGCGGGGAUGUGGACGACUGUUUCGAUGGAAAAGAGACUGACAAAGACUCCAAAAAGAAGAAAAACCGCUGUGCCCUUUGUCGCAAGAAAGUGGGGCUGACAGGAUUCGAGUGUCGUUGUGGUGGACUCUUCUGCGCUGUGCAUCGAUACAGUGACAAGCACGACUGCAAGUUUGAUUACAGAGAAAUGGGCGCCCAAGAGAUUCGGCGCAACAAUCCAGUUGUUGUUGGUGAAAAAGUGCAAAAAAUUUGAACUAUUUAGUGUGUAGUCGUUGGGAAAAUGGUUAUAUAACUAUAUAAACAAACAAAAUAUAAAAACAUGGAGAAAACGAGAUAAAUUAUCUGGCAGCUGAUUGCACAUCGAGGAACGAUUUUGUAGCGGAUGAAAGGGAAUACCGAGCGAAUGCUAUAUUAUGAGAGAUUGUUGUUUGUUGUUGUUGUGUGAAACGAGAAAUAAUUCGGCAACGCGAAUGAGUCGUCGGGCGUAUAUAUAUAUAUAUAUUAUAAUAAAGCAUAGAAAAAGACGGAAAUUAGACGAUGACGAUGACGACGGGGGAGAGAGAAAGUUCGCGCGAGUCUUUUAGCGUGUGUAUAUGUUCGAUGAAUGAAUCUGAGUAACUUUUCGGGGUUAAAAAAAAGGAAAAAAUCGAGAAUGCCAGUGCCAUGUCAGAUUGUCAUCUAGUGAGAGUUUUAAAUUCAGGAGAAAAAAAAUCUGGUUACUAACUGCUGCCAGCUUACUACUACUAUUACCUAUUAUUAUCAUUGAUUAUACGGUUUAUUAUUACGAUUAUUCUAUAUUACGUUCACUAAUUUACUUAAAGAACUAAAUUUGCGCGAAGCAGGGACAAUUCGUCGCAAAGUUUCCUAUUUAAGUAGAUGAAAACGGAAUUCCUGGUGCAGUCAGUCGGUCCAAAAUAUCUUGUUAAGGCGGUCGAUCGAUCCAUCGAACAGACAAAUUUGAUGCGUAAGUGUUUUUGUUUUCCAUUACUAUUAUAAUAUCGUCGAAAGGAAUGUUAUUUAGGCGAUGACUGACGUUGAUGGGUGAUCACAAUUCUAGGUUUAACGAUUAGUCUAAUAAUUAUUAAGUAUAUUAGCCGAUUGAUUCAUAAAGUAAUGCAAUAAAGUAUAAGAAGUACUGUGUGUUUAUGUCCAAUCUCACCGAGAAUAUAACGAGCAUUAUUACUCAUUAAAUACUGUUUGAAAUUACGUUUCGAAACAUUGUUUAUUUGUGCGCUAACCGUCCGCAAGUCACAAUUAUUCAUCACGUGGACGACUACAUUUUUCCUCUUUAUCAAGGUUUAUCUCAUAUUCAACAAAAACAGAAAAGCUGCGCAAGGUAUUCCGCCGCUGCAAUUUAGCUCUAUGUGUUAUAUAAGUAAUGGUUAGUAGAAAGUUUAGAGGCCGGGAAUUUAAAAAAGAAAAAAGAAAAAUGAGGGGGAGAAAAUAAAAAAAAAAGCUUGAUUUUAAGGCAACUGCACUUUUGUAUCUCGGAUCUCCACGUUGACGUGCUUUGAUUUCCACUCACUGCAAAAGAUUUUAUCCAGAAAUUUACUCGAGUUUUUUUUAUUUUGCUUCUGUGGAAAUCAGUGUGAAUCAACCUUAUUGUUAUUUUUCUUGUUGCGUUGCGAAGCACACGGCAUGCCAAGUUAGUCUUCCCGUAAGGAAAUUGUUUUAGUUUUUAGUUUCUAUUUUAUCGUUUGUUACAUUCUCUUUUCUUUUUUUUUUGUAUGCAUAUUAACGUGAUUGUUGCGACAAGAGAAGUGACUUUAGGGAAUUUUAGCCAAGAUGUUUUAUUUGGUCGCGGGAAUUGUUUUACGGGAGGACUAGCGGCGAAACUUAGGGACAAUAUUGCUUAGGGAUUUUUUUGUUUCCGCUCCUCCGGUACUGAUUACAAAGAGAGAGACAUGAAGGAGAAUCAAGAAAAAAAGGCUACGCAAAGUCACACGUACACACUUACACACGGCAGUGAUUUAUCAGUAAUAAUAUCGACGGAAAGAUUGCCUUCAGGCCUUCAUCCUAUUUUAGGCAUAGCAUAUUUUUCUAACAUAUAUAUCGCAAUAUCGGAGUGAUCUUGCCUAGCGAGAGAGCGAACCGACGAAUAAAACAGAAAUUGGAGGGUGUGAGUGGUUUGUGCGCAAGCAAACGUGUGUGAGAGAAAAACGGUGAGAAUGUUGGAGAAGCGGCGAGUCGAGUAAAAUAAUAUUAUAUAGAUAUAUUAUAUAUACAAACACGCAAUGACGAACACAAGAAAAGAAAAAAAAAUAUAUGAGGACGUACAGUCAGCGAAGUUUGUACUCGGCUAUAUAAGGACGUAACAUGCUUGUAAUUAUUAAAAAUUGAUAUUAGUAAGAUUAAGCGAUUAAAGGUAACGUCGACUUUAA